AAUGAGAAUUAUCUGGAUAAAAAGACCUUCACAAAAAGAGAGAGAGAAACGUGUAAAGAAAAGACAUUGUUAGUACGCGAAAAAAAGUGAGGGGAAAACAAAGAAAAAGGAGGUCCAAAUAUAAAAAAGACCUGCCUUUUUUCUAUUCCAAAAUUCUCUUUCCCCCAUCUCUUCUUCUCCACAGUCCACACUGUUCACCUCCUCUCCCCUCUCCUCCUCUCUUCGAUCCCCAAAUCCGGAAUUGACCAGCCCAAAUCGUCGUCGCCCCGGCCGCAUGGAGUGGACGGCCCCGAAGCCCGCCUCCUCGCCCUCCUCGCCUCCCCUUCUCUGGGACUGGGGAGACCACGCCGCCACGGGCUCGGGCUCCUCCUCCGGCGACGCCCCGGCGCGGCGCGGUGCUGGGAAGGAGCGGGAGGCGAAGCGUGCCAGGGGCGAGGACGGCGGCGGGGGAGCUGAGGUGAGGUGUCAGGUCGAGGGGUGCGGAUUGGACCUCACCAGGGUCAAGGACUACCACCGGAAGCACCGCGUCUGCGAGGCCCACACCAAGUCCCCCCGCGUCAUCGUCGCCGGCCAGGAGCGCCGCUUCUGCCAGCAGUGCAGCCGAUUCCAUGCCCUGUCAGAGUUUGAUCAGAAGAAGAGGAGCUGCAGGAGGCGUCUGUCUGAUCAUAAUGCCCGCCGCCGGAAGCCUCAGCCAGAUGCAUUCACCUUUGCCUCUGCAAGGCUGCCUUCGUCAUUGUUUGAUGAUAGGAGGCAAAUAAGUUUUGUCUGGAAUAAAGCUCCUGUUAGUCAUGUAAGGCCUUUCACUUCUCCAUGGGACAGUUCAUCUGACUUAAAGCUCCCUCAUGCAAAGGAAACAAGAGAGGUAUCAACAAAAGUUGGGACAAUUACGGGACAAGUUCAUUUGGAUAAAUCUCACAUGUCCAAUGCUAUUCCAACACUUAGUCAUGGCAAAGAUGAGCCUUGGCCAAUGAAAGGUCCGGACAUGUCUAUAACUGCUUCAAAAUUUGAUGGAGCACCGGAUCUUCAGCGUGCUCUCUCUCUUCUGUCAGUUGGCGCUUGUGGAUUGCCUGAUCCUGUACAUCAAACAUCCUGCGUUAUCCAAUUCACUGGUGCCAGCGAGAACAGUGGUGACCUUCAUUUAUCACAUGGGGGGAACUCUGGUCCAGCUUCAUGCGCUGAUGGACAGCAUAUAGCUGCUCAGUCUCAGUCUCAGCUGGUUCGUUUUACCAUGGAUACCAGCAACAAUGUCUAUGAGCCCAGUUUCUUCGGUGUAAACCAGAUAAAUUAAGCGUGAAAGAUACACGCCAGUUGAUCAUUUGGAUAAAUAGCCAUGAAGAUGGCCUGGGCUUGUGCAGGAAGUUCUUCAACCAACCACCGGACAUAAGGAUCUCUCAGUUAAUGUUAUCUGCAUAUUUAUCAGCUUAUGUUUAAUAUGCAGUUCCAACCUGUGAUUGACCCAUUUUUUCUGUUGUUUUUUUUGCCCCCUGUGAUGUGACGACUCUGGAACUUUCUAAGUGUGAUACUAUGUAGUUUUACACUUUUAUUUUACUGCCCUGAUGAUGAUGAUGAUGAUGAUGUCAACGGUUGGAUAUCUUUAAACUGUCCUUGAUGAAUCUGGACAUGUUUUUUUUUUUGUG